AUGGAAGUGGAUCCCUUAGAGAUCGAUGUGGAAGAACAAGUAGAAUAUCAACAAGAUAACAUUGAUGUUGUUGAAUCAUCUCAGGAGUGGACCACAUGGAGGGAUGAGUUGGCUCAAUCAAUAGCUGAUAAUGGAACUUUUAGGCCAGGAUAUUUGAUGGUGUUGGAGGACUAUUUGCAUGAACGUCAUUCUGAAAGUGGCUUGAAAGGUGAACCACAUGUCAAUUCUAAAUUAAAAUUUUGGAAGAGAUGUUAUGCAAGCUUAAGUUUACUAAAAGGUAGGAGUGGUUUGGGAUUUCAAUAUAGUGAUGGAACUAUAAUUAUUGAUGAUCCAAAAGAAUGGGAUAAAUUUUUAAAGGAUGAUCCUGGUGCAAGCAACAUGAAUACUAAAAAAUGGCCACUGUUUGCGGAUAGGGAGGAAAUUUUUGGAAAAGAUAGGGUAACUGGAGAACAUGCAGAAGGGCCACUGGAUGCUGUUGAGGAUAUCUUAAAGAGUCAAACAUCAGGACUUUCUACUGAUAUGAGUUUAGAAUUUCUUAUCAAUGUUGAUGACGAUGAAUAUGAAGAUGAAGCUAGUCAUGGACCUAAUGCACCUACUGAAGAAGCUGAAAAUACUGAUACAAGACAUAAUUUUACUCAAACAACUGAAAAUGAAUAUGCUCGAGGAUCUCCUCAUGAACAUACUGGACCAUCUGAAAACCAAGGUGAAUAUGCUAAAACAUCUUCUUCUAGUGUCAAUGAAAAAGAAAAAGGCAAGAAAAGAAAAAGGGUUGUGGAAGAUGUUAAUGAAACAUUUCUCAAGAGUAUGGCGGAAGUUAUGAAAUUUUUUACUGAAAGCCAAGAUAAAAGAAUUGGUUCCUUGAUCGAAAAGAUUGGAAACCGUGACCACUCUGAUAUGUGUGGUCAAAUUUAUUCCAUCAUUGAAUCUCCUACAUUUGAUUUGUACACCAUAGAGCAACGUAUCAAAGCUAAAAAGGUUAUUUGUGAAGAUGUCAAAAAUAUGAAAAUCUUUUUACGUAUGGGUGAGCUUGAGCGCCAUACAAUGAUGUCCAUGAGCUUUUGUUUCAGUCUUGACAGGGAUUGCUGCAAUUUUGGUCAAGUUUCUCGGACUUCUAUUUCAGUUUUAAUAAAUCUUUUGGCUGUGUAG